CGGUCCGAAGAAGAAAUGCUUCCAUCGACGCUGUGACCACCACCACAAUCAACAGUGUGAGAGUUAUGAAAUAUUGAAAGCGGUAAGUUAAUAAAAUACUAUUGGAAAUCAAUAAAAUAGAAUUCGGUUAAUUACAUAUUGUGCUUAUACAAUGUGCAAUGGUAUAGCAUGCUGAUGCUGCUCAGGAGAAAAUUGUCAUUGAAUAUGACACAUCACCGAAGCUCUCAGAUGUUACAGAAAAUGUAACUUUAUUGAAAAAAAAUUCUCGUUUUCCUUAGUCUUUAGAUUUAAUUAAAUCCUUCAUCCAGUCUACUAACCAACCCGAAGACGUGCAGGAUGAUGCUCUAUUUACAGCGAGAACCGCGUGUGAUGCUCUCCUGUCCUGGAAAUCCCACCAGCUCCGCAUGGUCCACCAGGACGUAGCUCGGAUGCUAUCGACAGUCUUGGUGAAGAUUCCACGCUAAUCACGCAAGACUUUGCCAUGAAGUUCUUACCAGCCCAGUACAGAAAGACACAGGCCGAAUUCUUUGGGAAAAGAGGGAUUUCGUGGCACCUUACAGUUUGCCAAAGCAACAACGGCGGAGAGAUUGUCGCGCAAACGUUCGUUCACAUAAUUGAAUCUGGUGUGCAGGAUAGCAAUACAGUAGUGAGCGUGAUGGAACAUGUCCUGCAAACCCUGAAGUGUGAAAAUCGUACCUUGAAUAGAGUGGUAUACCGCCAAGACAACGCAGGGUGUUAUCACUCCGCAACAACAAUACUGGCCUGCAAAAUACUAAGAGAGAGAAGUUCACUGGAUCUUCAUCGGAUUGACUUCUGUGACCCGCAGAGGGGGCGGGGGGGGGAGUCCAUGUGACAGGAAGGCAGCGCAAAUCAAGACCCAUGUUAAGCAAUACAUCAAUCAGGGCAAUUCCGUCACAACGCCUGCUGAACUUAAAAAAGCUAUUGAAUUCAACGGAGGGAUUAAAUGGGUGCGUGUCAGGAUGGUACCUAUUCCCAAGAUUGCUGGACGCAAGAAAAUCAAGUGGGACGGUAUAAGCAGUUUGUCCAACUUCGAGAUAACAUCUGCGGGUGUGAGGUCCUUCAAGGCUUAUGGUAUCGGCGCUGGGCAUUUUCAGUCCUGAACAUCAUUUAAGGGUAUGGACUAAUUGGUUGGUAGAUGAAAACUAUUAUUCGGUGUUAGGUAAACAUUGAUUAUUUACUGGCAAAACAUGCUCAAGAAAUGGCUCACAAUUAACAGUUAUGUUUAUAUGAUUCAUAUGAACUUUAUUGGAAAGCCUUGUCGUCACAUUAAAAAACAUGUAGCAAAGCCCAAAAAGAGCAAUAAAUCUUUCUUCUUCAAAAAGAUAACAACAUUUUAAACUACUUAUUUGUUUAUCUUAAUGUACUAUCCCACAACAACAUUUUUUGCAGGUGUAAAGAAUGUACACCUAUUUGGAAAAAGGCUGCGCUCACUGGGACUACGGAGUGCAAAUACUUUCAUUUAGGUGUGUGCUUUGUUGAAAUGUGUUCAUAAAUUUAUUUAGAAAUCCCACGUGAUAGUGAGUUCGAAUGGAUCGUGGUAAUAAAGCCCAGACGAGCAAAGGGAGUAUCUUCUCAUCCGGACAGUUCAACAAACGAACAGCAACCGGCCAUUGAUGAACGGCAAGUCGGUACCGAUCCAGCUGAUACUGUAGCUAUUUGUUUUCCUGCCCAGAAGACGGCUGCAUAAAAUCCUAUAUGACUCAUGGGCGUCUGCAGCAACACCUGAUGUACGGGAGACACAAUUUUCGACAAAACCAGAAUGUUCCUUUAUUGGACAGGGCAAAGAUAAGCUACGCAGACCGUCUGGAAGAGGAGAGAGGGGGACAAUCAUUAAUUACAAUGUCAGGCUCUACAGAAGUGGGUACAACGUCUGUUUCAGAAGGAUGGGCUUGUCGGGACCCCAAAAGAACUGGCCACCGGUUCAGCGCAAAACAUGGAACAUUCCUGGAGAACAAAUUUAACGAUGGUGUAAAAACGGGCGUGAAGGCUAACACAGAAUGGCAUCAAAGAGAAAAGGUUUCACAGAAUCGGAUGACGAAGCUGAAGAAUUCACGAGGCACCAAGCUGCGGUGAAGUCGAACGUGCUAGAAACUUUAAAACGUAGCUCAUCCUGUGUUGUUUUCAGGCAAAAGCCUAUGCCAAAUGACACGAGAAGAAAUAGGCAACCUGAAAAUCACCCAACUGCGUUCCAUGACCAGUCAUUUUGGCAUCAGCGUUAAAGGGCGAGUGAAGGCGGUAUAUUCUGAUGCCAUGAUUACAAACCUAAAUAGGUGUUCUUGUAAGCACAUCCAUAACUAACACGAACUACUACUACUAUGUGCCCGCAUUGUACUUCUUUAUGGUAUGUUAUAUUUUUAACAUUGUACGUGUGAUGAUCUAAAAGAAAUUAACUUUACCUCAAUAAUAGUCAUAACAACAAUGACAUGUUAAAAAAGAGAUUUUUUGACCUAUCAUUACAUUUGUUUGAAUCAAAUUUAACACUCAUCACCAGUCUUCUCGCGCAAGUAGCUGGGGUAGCGCUCAAGAAAAAGUUGCAUUUUAGGGAUUUCACAGGCGUUUUUUUUGCAAAUGUAAAAAUUGUUGCCCGCAGAUUGUUAUUCUACGAAGCCUCCAGCAAAAUCAUUACGCUCCAAAGAUUAAAGUACUGCAAAAUCUUUUGGGCAACAAAAGCAGAUUCGAAGAUCGCAAAGACGCUCGUGAAAGGAACCGUCAGGUCAAGCGAACGAGUACGCUAUACAGACUGGAUCCAUUCAUCGAUCUGGUAGGACUUCUUCGAGUUGGUGGCCGUAUACGCCGAGCAUCCCUUCCGUAUGAUGUUAAGCAUCCUGUAAUCAUUCCUAAGAGUAGUCAUAUAACAGAACUAAUUAUUCGUCAUUUUCAUGAAAAGAUCGUUCACCAUCAAGGUCGUGGAAUUACGGUAAAUGCCAUUCGACAAGCUGGUUGUUGGAUAACCAACGGACGAUCUGUUGUAGCACGUUAUAUUUCAAAGUGGGUCACAUGCCGAAAGUUACGUCGUGCAAACCUCACACAGAAGAUGUCUGACCUCCCCGAAGAGCGUUUGGAACCAGCUGCGCCGUUUACCUAUACUGGCAUGGAUGUAUUUGGUCCAUGGCUUAUCAAAGAUGGAAGAAAGACUGAAACGAUACGGCUUAAUCUUUACUUGUCUAUGUUCUCGUGCAGUUCAUCUAGAGACACUCAAUUCUAUGGAAAUCGACUCAUUUAUCAACGCAUUGAGACGAUUUAUCAACCAACGAGGAAAAGUUCGUGAAUUACGUUCGGAUCAGAGAACGAACUUUGUCGGGGCUAAGAAUGAACUAACUUCAGCGCUAGGCGAACUCAACUACGAUCGCAUCCACAAUUACCUUUUGAAAAACGAUUGUGGAUAGAAUUCAACAUUAAUACUCCCGAAUCUUCUCACAUAGGUGGAAUAUGGGAAGGUCUCAUCAGAACAGUCCGUUCAGUUCUCGCCGACCUGCUCCAAGAAUUGGCCACACAACUAGAUGAUGAAUCAUUACGUACCUUGUUCACAGAAGCAGAAAACAUUAUUAACAGUCGACCUCUCGUAGUUGAAGAGUUAUCCACUGCAGAGUGUCCUGCUCCCUUAACACCCAAUCAAUUGUUAAUCAUGAAGUGUACGGUUGUAUUGUAUCCCCCAGGCAACUUUGAACGACAUGACUUGUAUUCUCGUAAACGAUGGCGCAGAGUACAAUAUCUGGCCAAACAAUUUUGGAUCAGGUGGCGACGAGAGUAUUGUGCGCUACGAUAUGAACGAAAGAAGUGGAAUACCUUGAAAAGAAACUCCCAAGUUGGAGAUGUGGUCGUUCUUCAUGACGAAGAUCUCCAAAGAAACAAGUGGCCGUUAGCAAGAAUAGUCAGAGUUCUCCCAAGUAAAGAUGGUCUGUUACGUAAAGUUCAAUUGCAAAUAACGAGAAAUGGAAAACGAGUGAAGUUGGAAAGACCGAUUCAAAAGUUAACUUUAAUAGUAGAAAAAGAUGAAGACCGAGAGGAAUCCCCACCGAGAGAGCAAGAAGAAUAG